AUGAGAAAGUCAAAUUCAAGAUCAAAAGCCUUCAGUGUCUUCAUACUACUAUUCCAGUUCCUGUGUUGUGUACACGUGUGUUUCUCAAAUGACACAUCAUCACUGAUAACUCUUCGAAAGUUCCUGCUUCAAAGAAAAGAUGUUACAUCAACAUGGUUUGAUUUACAGACACCUCCAUGUAACUGGACUGGAAUAAAGUGUGAAGGUGCUAUCGUGCACCGGAUAUCGCUAUCGUGUACAUUCUCACCUCUCACUCUUCCAUUCCCAAAAAUUCUCACAGAAUUCAAAUCUUUAAAGCAUCUCAAUGUCAGUGGAUGUGGAUUCAAUGGCCAUAUCUACUCUGAUUUCUGGAAUUUGAGCAACUUAGAAACAAUUGAUCUCAGUGAUAACAGAUUGCUAGGUGUUCUUGAUAACAACACCUUUUCAAACCUCAAAAACCUCAAAGUUCUUGUUCUUGAUAGCAAUGGUUUUUCGGGAAGUUUACCAGAGACAAUCGGGCAGCUGAGAAACCUAACCGAACUCUCGGUCAAAUCAAAUUCGUUUUCGGGCAGGCUUCCGUUUGAGCUCGGGUACCUCGAGAAAUUACAGUCGCUUGAUCUCAGUUUAAAUCUCUUCUCUGGUGAUCUUCCUUCCAGUUUGGGUAAUUUAAGUAAGUUGCUGUUCUUCGAUGCAAGUCAUAAUCGGUUUACAGGAUCAAUAUUUUCAGAAAUUGGAAACUUGAAGAAACUCAUGACUCUUGAUCUUUCGAUGAAUUCCUUCACUGGUGAAAUCCCCGAAACAAUUGGUGCUCUUACAGAUCUUACUUAUUUGAAUCUUCAUUCUUGCAAGUUUACAGGGCAUAUUCCUUAUCAAAUGUCGAAGAUGAGUAGUUUGACUAAAUUGAAUAUAGCACAAAACUGUUUCGAAGGAGGAUUGCCUUCAAACUUCGGUGAGUUGAAAAAUCUUGUGUUCUUCAUCGCCAACAAUGCAGGAUUAAGUGGACGAAUUCCUGAAUCGAUGGGAAAGUGUACGAAUUUGAGAAUUCUUGAUCUAGGGUUUAAUUCGUUAUCCGGAUCAUUACCUGAUUCUCUUGCAAACCUUGAAUCGAUAAACUCGUUUACUCUUUUUUCAAAUCGGGUAUCUGGAUCGAUUCCAAUUUGGAUUUCGAAAUGGAAAGAAGUGGAAUCGAUAUUGUGGUCGCAGAAUUUGUUUACUGGAAAUCUUCCUCCGCUUCACAUUCCGUCGUUGACUUUUCUUGACCUGAGUUCCAAUUUGCUUUCCGGCGAGCUUCCGGUGGGAAUCUGUGAAGGGAAUGUGUUACGUGGGUUGGUGUUGUCUAAUAAUCAGUUCACCGGAACAAUAAACAACACUUUCAGGAAUUGCAAAUUCCUCACGGAUUUGGUGUUAUCUGGAAACAAAUUACACGGAGAUAUACCUUCGUAUUUGGGGGAUCUGGAACUGAUUACAUUGGAAUUGUCGAAGAACCGAUUCCAUGGAACGAUUCCGGUUCAGCUCUGGGAUUCGAAAACGAUAAUGGAGAUCUCACUCGGGAAUAAUUUGCUUCAAGGUCGUAUUCCGGAGACAAUCGGAAUGGCGUCCACGAUUGAAAGGUUGCAAUUAGAUAACAAUCUCUUCGAAGGAAAUAUCCCGAGUUCGAUCGGUGAACUUAAGAAUCUGACGAAUUUGUCGCUCCAUGGUAACAUGUUAACUGGUGAGAUUCCAUUAGAGCUUUUCGAAUGCAGGGAUUUGGUUUCUUUGGAUCUCGGAUCAAACAAACUCACCGGUGGAAUUCCGAAAUCGAUAUCUCAGCUGGAAUUACUCGAUAACCUUGUUCUAUCAAACAACAAACUCUCCGGAUUCAUACCUACAGAGAUCUGUUCCGGUUUUCAGAAAGUCGCGUUACCUGAUUCCGAAUUUGUCCAGCAUUACGGGAUGCUUGAUCUGUCGAACAACAACUUUUCCGGCGAAAUUCCGACGUCGAUCAAGCAAUGCAUCAUUGUACGACAGCUAGUUCUCUCUCAUAAUCAACUUUCUGGAAUCAUUCCUUACGAGAUUUCCGAAUUGUCAAACCUAACUUCACUCGAUCUCUCCUUUAAUCUUCUUUCCGGCGCAAUUGUUCCCCAAUUCUUCUCGAUGAAAAAUCUCCAGGGUUUGGUGAUUUCUCACAACAAAUUAACCGGUUCAAUCCCUGAUAAUUUCGGUUCCUUGAUGCCGAAUUUGGUCAAACUCGAUAUAUCAAGUAAUUCAUUCACCAACUCUUUACCUUCAUCGAUCUUCAACAUCGAGACUCUUCAAUACUUGGAUGUUAGCAUGAAUUCUUUCACUGGAAGAUUAUCGUUUACCCUUACAACCACAACCUCUCUUUUCGCUCUAAACGCCAGCAACAACCUUUUCUCCGGUGCUCUAGAUCCUUCCAUUUCCAAUCUAACAGCUCUUACCAUUUUAGACAUUCACAAUAACACCAUCAACAGCACCUUACCUUCUCUCUCCACUCUUUCCGCGUUGACUUAUCUUGACCUUUCCCAAAACAACUUCCAAAAUUCAUUCCCCUGUAGUAUUUGCAACAUCGAAGGCCUCUCAUUCGUCGGAUUCUCCGGGAACAAAUUCACCGGACCCGUUCCCGAAUCUUGCACCAAACCAAACUCAUGUUUCCCAAACUACCCUUCCCCUUCCCAACACACCUACAAACCAAAUCACGCUUCUCUUUUAGGGAUUAUACUUAGCGUGACAUUCGUUUUCGUGGUGUUUUUACUCAUUGUUCUCCUGAGAAGAAAGAUAUUGAAACAAAAAGAUGUAAAUUCAGACAAGAUUUCAAAAGCAACAAAAACGAAUUCCAAAUAUGGUCUUUUACGAAAAAGACCAAAAGAACCCUUGAGCAUAAACAUCGCAACAUUCGAGCAAUCUCUACUUCGUUUAAACCACCACGACAUCUUAUCCGCAACCGAAAAUUUCAGCAAGACUUACAUAAUCGGAGACGGCGGUUUCGGGACAGUUUACAAAGCGAUACUUCCGGAAGGUCAAACCAUCGCGGUCAAACGUCUCAACGGCGGCCGAACACACGGCGAACGCGAAUUCCUCGCCGAAAUGGAAACAAUCGGGAAAGUCAAACACGAAAACCUCGUCCCGUUACUAGGAUACUGUGUCUUUGCAGACGAACGGUUUUUAAUAUACGAAUACAUGGCAAACGGGAGUCUGGAUGUCUGGUUGAGAAACCGCGCAGACGCAGUCGAAGCACUCGACUGGCCAACCCGAUACAAGAUCUGUAUCGGGUCGGCUCGCGGACUGGCGUUUUUACACCAUGGAUUCGUCCCGCAUAUAAUUCACCGUGAUAUCAAAUCGAGUAAUAUUUUGUUAGACAGUAAGUUUGAAGCACGUGUAUCGGAUUUUGGUCUUGCGAGGAUAAUUAGCGCGUGUGAGAGCCACGUCAGCACGUUGUUGGCGGGGACGUUUGGGUAUAUUCCUCCGGAGUACGGUCAAAAAAUGGUGGCGACGAGUAAGGGAGAUGUUUAUAGUUUUGGGGUGGUGAUGUUGGAGUUGGUGACGGGGAGGGAGCCAACUGGACAGGGUGACGUGGAAGGUGAGAAUCUUGUGGGAUGGGUGAGGGGUAUGGUUGGAAAUAGGAGGGAGUUUGAGGUUUUGGAUCCUUGUUUUUAUGGGAGUUGGAUGUGGAAGGAUCAGAUGUUGGGGGUGCUUGCGAUUGCUCAAUUGUGUACGAAUGAUCAGCCUAGGAAACGGCCUACUAUGCUUGAUGUUGUGAAAAUGUUGAAGGAGCUUAAUACGUGUAAGGAAAUUGUGUAGUUGAUUAUGUUAUUUUUUGUGUCUUAUGUAGUUCAAUUUGGUGAAAUCGGAUAUAACCAAUUUGGUUUGUGAAA